CAAGUUUUGGCGUCAAAGAAAUGUAUCGAACGCAGAAAUUGAACGAAUAAUCGAGGAUUUCAUAGCGAAUGGUAUUUUAAAAAUGAGCAACGGGAACAGCUACAAUCACCAUCACCAAUUCCCGAUGAGCAUUCCAAUAUCGUGCUCGUCACACUCAAUUCAAUCACAAUCACGAAUGAACACUCUGAACGCGAAUAGGGAUCUCCUGUCUCCCGGCAACGACGUAAUUGUCACCAGAACCGUGUCACCGUCGUUUUAUUCGCAUGGAAUGCCGGCCCGGGAUAAUGUUUUUCGAAAAGACGAUCAUGUCAGGAUAUUGGGGAAUACAACGGACCCAGCGUGGUAUCGAGCCCGUAAUGCGAAUCAGGAGGAGGGUCUGGUUCAUGCAGAUUGUGUAGUGAGAAUAAACGGGCAAGCCUACGACAAUGGAAUUGUAAGAAUGAGAGCUAGCGGAUGUGACGUGGCUCCGGGAGCAGCUUCAACAACCUCCAGCACAUCAUCACAUCAUUCAACUGCAGCAAACCAUCAGCCAUGGUUUCAUUCAAUGAUUAGCAGAGAAAAUACUGAAAAAUUACUCCGCGGCAAACCGGACGGAACCUUCCUAGUACGUGAAUCCACAAAUUUCCCCGGCGACUUCACACUAUGUAUGUCGUUUCACGGAAAAGUCGAACACUAUCGCAUCGAACAGACGUCCGGCGGACAGCUGACCUGUGACAAGGAAGAAUACUUUUCCAAUUUGACACAGUUGGUCUCGCACUACAAACGUGACGCGGACGGUCUCUGCCAUCGCCUGGUAACUCCGAUUAUUUGUGAAACAGCGACAUUUUCAUCAAACGGAUCAUCGUCAUUUGGUUCAUCGUCGACAGUUGAUUUGGAAGAUCGAACAUCAGUAUUUCGACACGCGGGUCUAGUUAUUUCAUCGAACGAUAUUGAUGUUGGUGAUACAAUUGGACACGGAGAAUUUGGAGAUGUUCGAUUGGGAACUUAUAAGAAUCGAAAAGUCGCGUUAAAAGUGUCGAAAAGGCAUGGAAAUGGAAUGUUGGACUCAUUGCUGGAUGAAGCCAAGUUUAUGGUAGGUCUCUCGCAUCCAAAUCUAGUGACACUUGUCGGUGUUGUACUGGAUGAUGUGAAUGUCUACAUGAUAACUGAAUAUAUGGCAAAUGGUAAUUUAAUCGAUUUACUCCGAUCUCGAGGAAGGCAUGCGUUGGAGAGGAGGCAGUUGAUGAUGUUUGCGAUGGAUAUUUGCCAAGGAAUGUGUUAUCUGGAAUCAAAACAGAUUGUUCAUCGAGACUUGGCCGCUCGAAAUGUCCUACUCGACGAUGAUUUAGUAGCGAAAGUUUCGGAUUUUGGAUUAGCGAAAAAAGCAAACAGCCAGUCACAUGAUUCGGCUUCUGGCAAAUUUCCGAUUAAAUGGACGGCACCUGAAGCGCUUAGACAUAGUCAAUUCACCACAAAAUCCGAUGUUUGGUCAUUCGGCAUUCUUCUUUGGGAAAUUUUUUCAUUCGGACGAGUACCGUACCCAAGAAUUCCUAUCCAAGACGUUGUGAGAUAUAUUGAGAAGGGAUAUCGAAUGGAAGCACCUGAAGGAUGUCCACCGGAAAUUUUCAAGGUUAUGAAUGAAACAUGGGCUCUAUCGGCACAAGAUCGACCGUCUUUUGGACAGGUCUUGCAACGAUUGACAACCAUCCGAAAUACAGUAUGACAUCGGCGCACAUCUCGAAACUUCCAGAAAUCCAUCGAAUUUUCUAGUCCAUAUGAUGUUUCUGUUUUUUUUUCGCUGUUUUUUACACAAAUUUUGUCAUAUUUUAUUGUAAUUUCCCCCACACAUUUUUAGGCAUCGUUAUUAUAUAUUUUCUAAUCCGCUGCCGCGCAUUUCGGGAGAUCCUGGAAUUUAAAGGCACAGCGGUGUUUUUGGAUGGGUCCCACCGCGAAAAUUAUUAUGCGCCUUUGAAAUUUUUUUUUCGAUAUUCCUAAAAAUCACAAAAAACAUUUUUUUUUCUAAAUUAGAGAAGUUUUAGCCUUUCUUUCGAAAAGUCGAUUUUUUUGGUUUAAAUUUUUCUCGAUUUGAAAAAAAUUUCAAUUUUUAGUGAAAUCAAAGAAAAAACAUCAAGAAACUUCUAUUCGAAAGAAUUUUUUAAAAUUGUAUUUUCCGAAAUAAUUUUCUCUGUUGGGUCUCACCACGAAAAUCGUCAUGCACCUUUAAAUUUCCUUGCCCACACCUCUCCGAACGGCCGAUACCCAAUCUACGGUUUCUUCAAUUUUCCUCUGCAUUUUUCAUCGAUUUUUAAAAAUUUUUAUCGAAUAUUUUCACGUUUAAAAUUAUUAAUUUGCAACGAAUUUCCCUCAACAAAAAAUGCUCAAAACUCCGCCCCUUUAUUGGCAUAAUUUUUGCCGCCACGGAAAAUGCAAUAAAUUUUAU